AUGGGGAGUCAAGGAAGGACGAGCGACGGCGUGGAUUCACAGUUUCACGAGGACCUACUCUCAGCAGUUGGGCGCGACUCCAGCCGGCUGAACUAUCCUCAGAGCAAAGAAGCUGUACCAUACUUCAACACAGACUCUCCGGUUCUACCUCUGGUGAUUGUGACUCCACAAAGCUCGGAACAGAUUGCUGCGAUUGUGAGACUGGCCAGUCGAGGGGGCUACAAAGUCCAAGCCAAAGGAGGCGGUCAUAGUUACGCCAACCAUGGUCUCGGAGGCCAGGAUGGCUCGGUAAUUAUCGACAUGCGCAGCUUCCAGCACUUCUCCAUAGACAUAUCUGACUGGACUGCCCGCAUCGGUGCCGGAUGUCUUCUCGGGGAGAUGGCACAGAUGCUGUACGACGAAGGUCGUGCUAUGCCCCAUGGAACAUGUCCUCAGGUCGGCCUCGGAGGGCACGCUACAACCGGAGGCAUUGGUCCAGCCUCGCGAAUGUGGGGGCUGACUCUGGACUGCGUUAUGGAAGCGGAAGUCGUUCUCGCCGAUGCCAGCGUCAUCCGAGCGUCUGAGAAGGAACACCAGGACGUCCUCUUCGCGCUCAAGGGGGCAGGUCCCAGCUUUGGAAUUGUCACAGAGUUCAGGCUUCGCACAGAGCCUGCGCCGACAGAGAUCGUUCGGUUCGACAAUAUACUAUCGUCUCCAGAGCCGUCGCAACGAGCAAAGCUGUUCAAGCAAUGGCAAACCUUUGUCUCAGAUCCCUCUUUGUCGCGAGAGCUUCAUGCAGGCAUGGACGUCUUCCCACAGAAGGCGAUUGUAAGUGGGCAUUACUUCGGGACGAAGGAAGCAUAUGACCGUCUUGAUGUGAGUGCCAUCUGUGCCCGGAAUGACACUUACAACGAGACCGUCAGCAAGACUUGGAUCGAUGUGAUCAAUGCCUGGGCCGAUCAAGUUCGGGUGAACUUCGCAGGAGGGAUGCCGAGACCAUUCUAUGCCAAAUCCCUCAACUUCAAGGCCAGCCAGCUCAUGCCCGACGCUGUGAUUCAUGAGCUAUUCGAGUACCUGGCAAGGGCUUAUGCAAAUGGUGUAAUGCUGCUCGUAUCGUUCCAUUUGGUCGGAGGUGCGGUGAACGAUACCGUAGCAAAUGCGACUGCCUUCGCCCAUCGAGACACUCUUUACUGGAUGCAGUUCGCUGCGAUUGAGAAUGGCGGAGUAUCCAAGGCCACCAAGGGCUGCGUACAGGGCAUCGCCGACAUCAUUACGAAAGGCAUGCCUGAUGGACAGUUUGGUGCAUACCUUGGACACAUCGAUCAAGAUCUUUCUGGUGCUUCGGACGCCUAUUGGGGAAGCAACUUGCCCAAGCUGGAACGCAUCAAAGGCGCGGUGGAUCGUGGAGACAUGUUCCAUAACCCGCAGUCCGUUCCACCUUCGACGUAA